AUGUGAGGGGGUGAGAAUGACAUUAUACAAAGAUUUCCCAUUUGUGGCAUGGUAAUUUGGUAAACAAUUGAUAGUCAUUAAUAGUACCAAUAUUUGAUAUGGCUGCAGAACCCAAAAAAAUUAAGCUGGACGAAAAACAUGAUUUGAAGCUUUAUCAUGAAGAGGCCGUAAAUAUAGCUAGAAAAGCAGGAAAUCUCGUUCGUAACGCCUUUUAUGAGGACAAAAGCUUCGAGACUAAGGAGCAUAAGACAGAUCUUGUCACAAAGACCGACCAGGAAACUGAGACACUGAUUUUUAAUCAUUUCAAAGAAAAAUUUCCCUCUCACAGUUUUAUAGGUGAAGAAUCAGUUGCUUAUGGACAAAAAUGUGACCUAACUGACAAUCCUACCUGGAUAAUUGAUCCAAUUGAUGGAACUACAAAUUUCAUUCAAAAGUUUCCAUUUGUUGCAAUAUCAAUUGCAUUGGCCAUUAACAAGGAGCUUGUAAUUGGUGUGAUCUAUAAUCCGAUAUUGGAUGAGAUGUUUUCAGCAAUUACUGGACAAGGGGCUACAUGUAAUGAUGCAUCGAUAAAUGUACCCAAUGAUGUCACAGAACUUAAUCAGGCAUUACUGAUCACAGAAACAGGUGCUGACAGAAAUGAACAGCGUAUUUCUUCGGUACUUGAAAAUUUAAGGAAAUUAAUCAUGGAGCCUCACUUGGCCAGAGGGGUUCGUGCUUUGGGUUCAGCUGCACUUAACAUGUGUUACGUGGCAUGUGGACGAGCUAAUGCAUAUUAUGAAUUUGGAAUUCAUUGUUGGGAUGUUGCAGCUGGUAUUGUAAUACUGAAAGAAGCAGGUGGUUCAGUCUUAGGAGCUACAGGUGAAGAGCUAGACAUAAUGGCCAGAGAAGUUGUUUGCGCCUCAAGUGAUGUUUUAUGUAAAAAGAUAUGUAAUGUAAUUACAAGAAUACCACAUGAUCGUGAUUGAUGUAAUCUACAAACCUUAAUAUUUAGAUUAAAAAAUGUUUUGUUUGAAAAAUGUUUUACAUGUUGUAAGUAACACUGGUUUUUAAAGAGUUAUUAAACUAUUUAUGUAGCA